GCAGCUGUAGCUGUAGCUGGAGCAGUGAAGGAACAACUGCAGGAGCAGAAGGCAAAACCAGCUGAAAACCAGCAUCAAAUCGAAGGAGAAGAUCUGAAGCUGCAACUUCUAAAAAAUAUCAGCAGCGCUUCAGGGCCGGCAUUGUUAGCUCCGUCCAUGGCCGCCAGCAGAGUCCGGUGAAAAUGGACAAGGGCCGCCCGAGAUUGCCGCAACUUUCGCCAAACUAGCAGAAGGGAAGAGGAGAGGAGAGGAGAGGAGAGGAGAGCAGGAGACAUCUACGGCAAAGACUCUUUCUGGCAAAAGUAAAUAUUUGCCAAAUCCCAACAAAAGGGCCACAACAAUAGCUUCGAAUUGAAUCGUAGCUGAGGAAUUAGCCACAAAGGAAGACGCAUUCUCGCGAGAGUCCAUUAAGAGCAAAGCCCCAUCCUCAAUCUCCCAACGGCUAGAAGCACGAACAGACCGACACCCAGGCAGCAGGUUGAGAGCCGACGGUCCACUUAAAUGACCGAAUCCACACAGCUGCAAACGGCGGAGAACAACAACGCGGGCGUGGUUAAAAUGGAGCCACCGCCACCGGCGACCUCCUCAACCUCCGGCCACGCGCUUUCCGCACUCUCCAUGGCGGCCACCGGCUCCGCCCUCUCGCCAGCCACACCGCCACCAUCCGCCCUGGGUCUGUCACAGCACCAGCAUCAGCAUCAGAGCCAUCAGAGCCAUCAGAGCCAUCAGAGCCAUCAUCAACAGCAGCAGCACUAUGCCCUCAAAUGGAACGACUUCCAGACCUCGAUACUCAGCUCGUUUCGGCAUCUGCGCGACGAGGAGGACUUUGUGGACGUGACCCUGGCCUGCGAUGAGCGCUCCUUCACCGCCCACAAGGUGGUGCUCAGUGCCUGCAGUCCCUACUUCCGCAAGCUGCUCAAGGCCAAUCCCUGCGAGCAUCCAAUUGUCAUACUGCGAGAUGUGCGCAGCGACGAUGUCGAGAAUCUAUUGAGCUUUAUGUACAACGGCGAGGUGAAUGUCAGCCACGAACAGUUGCCCGACUUCCUGAAGACGGCGCAUCUGCUGCAGAUACGCGGACUGGCGGAUGUCAAUGGGGGCUAUCCCUAUGCCAAGGCACUGUCCGCCGCCCUCUCGCACAGCAGCAACAGCAGCAGCAGCCACAACAACAACCUCAGCAGCAGCCACAACAACAAUUUCUCGGAGAGCAGCAAGCUCAACAGCUAUCUGCCACAGACACAGACACAGGCACAGGCAAUGCUGAACAACAGCAACAUCAGCAGCGGCAGUGGCAGCAACAGCGGAGUGCUCAACAGCAGUCACGGUUCACCCUUCAGCACGCCCCAGGCUCCAGCCUCAGUGCCUGCCUCGAGUGCCGCAGCGGCGGCAGCAGCGGCAGCGGCAGCCUCACUGACCGCUGCCGUGGCAGCAGCCGCAGCUGCCACAGCCAGCGCGAAUGCCAGCUCGAGCAGCAGCAGCAGGGACCAGCUACAGGGCCAGAGCACAGGCAGUGGCAGUGGCACGCCCGCCAUCCAGGAGCUAAAGGCAUCGGCAGCGUCGCCCGUAAGAACACCCAAUCCCAAUUCCAGCAAAGCCAGCAGCAGCAACCAUUGGGACAUGGGCGAACUGGAGGGCAGCCGCAAGAGCCACCUCACGCCGCCGCCACAGAAGCGCAUCAAGAGCGCCGAUCUCUUCCGGGCACAGCAUGGCAUCAGCCCCGAGCGACUGCUGCUCGAUCGUGAGUUUCCCGUGGCCGGACAGCAUCCGCUGACGCGCAAUCGCGGCGGACGCGACACGUCCAAGGAUCGGGAGCGUAACCUGGAGCUGCGCGAGUCCCUGCUGGGACAGGCGCUCGAGAACAGCAACGGACAGCAGGCGGCGAAUCAGAAACACGAUCUCGGACAAAGUGCCGGUGAGGACUCGAACAGCAGCGAUACGGAGCCCUCGGAUCGGGGCGAUGGCCAGCAUGAUGGCACCCUCGAUGGCAUCGACAAUCAGCGCUCGCACUCGUUCCCCAAUGCAUUCCUCGGCCUGCAGGGCAUACCCGGGCUGUUGCCAGGACCCUCUGGAAUGGGCAGUGAUUUUGUAUCCCGAAGAUCCCUGGAGAUGCGCGUGCGUGCCACUGAUCCUCGGCCCUGCCCAAAAUGCGGCAAGAUCUACCGCUCGGCCCAUACCCUGCGCACCCAUUUGGAGGACAAGCACACCGUCUGCCCCGGCUAUAGGUGUGUCCUGUGCGGCACUGUGGCCAAGUCGCGCAACUCCUUGCACUCGCACAUGUCGAGGCAGCAUCGCGGCAUCUCCACCAAGGAUCUGCCCGUGCUGCCCAUGCCCAGCCCCUUUGAUCCGGACCUCGCCUCACGGCUGCUGGCCAAGGCUGGUGUCAAGAUUUCGCCCGCGGAGCUGCGUGCCCGUGCCUCGCCCACCGGCGGCAGUGGCAGCAGCGGCGGUGGCGGCGGAGGAGGCGGCGGUGGCAGCGGUGCCGGCAAGUUGGAUCUGAGCAACGCCAGCGGUGGACCAUUGGACGAUGGCGAGGACUCUGACGAGGAUCCCGAAGACCUGACCGUGGGCAACGGCCUGUACGGAAUGGGUGGCAGCAACAGCGAUCUCAGUCGCUACCACGAGAGUCUCCUGAGCAACUUUGGGCACGCCAACACCACCAUCUCGCGGAUGCGGAACGAGGCUGCGGCGGCAGCGGCCACAGCGGUGGCCUUGGGCCAGCCCAAGGACCUGGGCGUGCAGAUUCCCACCAGCAAUGCUGCGGGCCAGUCCCUGCUGGACACCUACCUGCAGUUCAUCACAGAGAAUACGUUCGGCAUGGGCAUGUCCCAGGAACAAGCAGCAGCAGCGGCUCUCCGUGCCAAGAUGGCGCAACUGAAUGCCAUGGGACACAGUUUGGAUAGCCUGCCGCCUGGCCUGCUGCCCGGACAGUUCGAUCUGAGCAAGCUGGCCGCUGGCAAUCCCGCCUUUGGUCAGUCCGGACCGGGCCUGUCGAUAGAACCCAUACUGCGGCACGACCAGGAUGCAGCGCAGGGGCCGCUGGCGCUGAACUCUGGCGGCAGAAUGCAUGGCCAUGACAUGGAGGAGGCGGACAAUGAUGGGGAGUUGCGGAGAGAGGGUUCAGAGCCCAUGGAUCUGGGCCUGGACAACAAUCAGUCGGGCAGCAACAAUGAGGUGGCCAAUUCGGAUGUUGAAGAGAAUUACUCCGAGGAUGAGGGUGUGCACAAUACAUAAGAGAGGAGCAGGAGCACCGGGAUGGAUGGAUGGAUGGAUGGAUGGAGUCAACAGUUGUAUACCGAAUAACCAUGGAACAUAUGUAACGAGUAGCCUUAUCCCCAUGUAUACCAGUUUAUGUGUACAAUACGAUACAAAAUACGAUAUACAAUACGGAAAUACGAUAGAGAUACGGAUAAAAUAGGACUAGGAAACAAAAAUCAUAAAUCAUAUUUGCGCCGCUGCCAGAGCUGGCCAAAUAGUAGAGAAAUUCUAUGUUGUGCUUUUAAACUACCAAUACAGAUAUUUAUACAUAAAUGUAUAUUUAUAUAUAUACACAUGUACCUGUUGUGUAUACAAUUGAUGUCCCGACAGGAGAAGGCACAAAUCGCCUCCCUUACCCUUUUAGUUUUAAGUUAGAUUUCACAUUGAAAGCAAAGAAGAGCGUUUGUAAAUACAUUAAAAGAAAUACCUAAACACCCACAGAACCCAGUACCGAUCCGUCGCAUUUAAAGUACGUUUGUGAGUUAGUAAUCCGAAAAGGGAUAUUCAAAUGGAUAAUUCAGAUGUGCCAUGCAUGCCACAGCUAGUAGAGUCCGAGAGCGUAUGCCUAACCUAUGAUAUAAGCAUACAAGUAACAGCCUUCCAUGUUCCAAGUCUAGCCACUCCAUUGAUUCACAGUGCUUCACCAUAUCUCAGGAACGGAACACACACUCAGCCGCAACAAGAACCGAAAUCAACUCAAACUCGAACCGAACUACCUCAGCAGAAGACCUCUCAGACCUCAGCAGCAGCAGCAGCAGUAGCAGCAGCAGCAGCAGCAGAUGAAGAAUGAGUUUUGUGUGUGUCGAAAUACCUUAGACUUCCAUGAGUUGUGACUGGUCCUGUCCUGUCUUCGUCCUCUACUAUAUAGGGUACCCCGAAAACCGGAAACUUGCCAAUAUUGAACAGAAUAGAUUAAGGAUCCGCAAUGGAUCAGAAUAUAUACAUACAAGUGAAUGUUAAUUUAUAUACAAAACUACUUAUACGGUAUGCAGUGCACAUUUAGCAUAGAGAGACACACCACAAAACGCACUUAAAGAUACAGAGAUAUACAUAGAACGGAUGCCUGUACUUACCCCCCAGACAAUGGUUAGGAUUUGUCAGAGAAUUGAUUACCUCAGCAUACUCAGCAUUCGAUCAGACCACCCACAGACAGAGAGAGUGAGAGUGAGAGAGAGAGCACUCUGCGGUGAAGAGUUGAACAAGUGUCUCCUCCGUUUGAAGAGAGUCAAUACUUAAGGAAUAUUUAGAUGUAAUUAGUUUAUGUGGAUGCACUGCAAGCAAGAGACAUAGCUACCCCGUAGAUAGUUGUAACUUACGAGUGUAAGAAUAGUGAGUGCCGUGGCCAGAGUUUCCUGUAUGUAUUUUAGUUCGAAUAUGCCUCAGUUAUAAUCCUAGGUUUAUGGUUAGUUUCAAUCGAAGAUGAGCACAGACAGACUCUACAAGAGUCGCAAACCACUUGCCUUAUUGACCAACAUAUGUGUUACUUUAGUAAUUUUCUACCUCAAUUAAUUUAAAUGUAAUUUACUUGAAUAUUUAUUUGUAAGUUCGCAAUCGGAAUCAUCGUCUCGAAUGUGCAUUUCAUUUGUUUCUAUCGAGUAUUCAAUGGAUCCCAUAUAACGAUCCCCAAACGUAGCCUAACGUAACAAUACACAAGAUUGGAGAAUACCCAUAACAUGCCCAUACAAAAAUUAUAUAAAUAAAGAAGAACUCUAUGUAUGAGUAUGUUCAAUUUGA